UCUGCUUGACUUCCCCUUCCCUUCCCUAAGCUUUGCACUCACCAAAAUGGCUUCUUGAUCUCCUCCUCUACUUCCUUAUCAAUCUAACAAGAGCUCAAGAAGCAACCAUUAGGGGCAAAUUAAUCGCAGCUCUAUCAGUUAAUCAACCAUGGCUACUGUGAACAACUGGCUGGCUUUCUCCCUCUCCCCGCAGGAUCUGCCGCCUUCCCAGACGGAUUCCACCCUCAUCUCCGCCACCGCCACCGACGAGGUCUCCGGCGACGUCUGCUUCAACAUCCCCCAAGAUUGGAGCAUGAGGGGAUCGGAACUCUCAGCGCUAGUCGCCGAGCCGAAGCUGGAGGACUUCCUCGGCGGCAUCAACUUCUCGGAGCAGCACCACAAGGCCAACCUCAACGUGAUCCCCAGCAGUAGUAACGCUUGCUACGCGAGCUCAGGCGCUAGCACAGGCUACCACCAGCUGUACCACCACCAAAGCUCCGCGCUCCAUUUCGCUGACUCCGUCAUGGUGGCCUCCUCCGCCGGCGUCCAUGACGGCGGUGCCAGCAUGCUCAGUGCAGCGGCCACCGUCAAUGGCGGCGCUGGCGCUGCCAGUGCCAACGGCGGCAGCAUCGGGCUGUCCAUGAUCAAGAACUGGCUGCGGAGUCAACCAGCUCCGCCGCUGCCGCAACCGAGAGUAGUGGCGGCCGCCGAGGGCGCGCAGGCGGCGCAGGGGCUUUCUUUGUCCAUGAACAUGGCAGGGGCGCAAGGCGCUGGCAUGCCGCUUCUCGCCGGAGAGCGAGGCCGGGCGCCCGAGAGCGUGUCCACAUCAGCACAGGGUGGAGCAGUCGCCGCUCGGAAGGAGGAUAGCGGUAGCAGCGGCGGUGCCGGCGCCCUACUAGCCGUGAGCACAGACACGGGUGGCAGCGGCACGGUUGCUGAGACGGCGGCGAGGAAGACGGUAGACACGUUCGGCCAGCGCACGUCGAUUUACCGCGGGGUGACCAGGCAUAGAUGGACAGGGAGGUACGAGGCUCAUCUGUGGGACAACAGUUGCAGAAGGGAAGGACAAACUCGCAAGGGUCGUCAAGUCUAUCUAGGUGGUUAUGACAAAGAGGAGAAAGCUGCUAGGGCUUAUGAUUUGGCUGCUCUUAAGUAUUGGGGUCCCACGACGACCACAAAUUUUCCGGUGAGUAACUACGAAAAGGAGCUGGAGGAAAUGAAGCACAUGACAAGGCAGGAGUUUGUAGCGUCUCUGAGAAGGAAGAGCAGUGGCUUCUCCAGAGGUGCAUCCAUUUACAGAGGAGUAACUAGGCAUCACCAACAUGGGAGAUGGCAAGCACGGAUUGGACGAGUUGCAGGGAACAAGGAUCUCUACUUGGGCACCUUCAGCACGCAGGAGGAGGCAGCAGAGGCGUACGACAUCGCGGCGAUCAAGUUCCGCGGGCUCAACGCCGUCACCAACUUCGACAUGAGCCGCUACGACGUGAAGAGCAUCCUGGACAGCAGCGCGCUCCCCAUCGGCAGCGCCGCCAAGCGCCUCAAGGAGGCCGAGGCCGCCGCGUCCGCGCAGCACGCUGGCGUGGUGAGCUACGACGUAGGCCGCAUCGCCUCGCACCUCGGCGACGGCGGCGCCCUGGCAGCCUACGGCACGCACUACCACGCAGCCGCAGCCGCCUGGCCGACCAUCGCGUUCCAGCCGAGCGCCGCCGCCGCCGGCCUGUACCACCCGUACGCGCAGCCGAUGCGUGGGUGGUGCAAGCAGGAGCAGGAUCACGCGGUGAUCGCCGCCGCGCACAGCCUGCACGAGCUCAACCACCUGAACCUGGGCGCCGGCGGCGGUGCGCACGACUUCUUCUCGGCGGGGCAGGCCGCGAUGCACGGCCUCGGCAGCAUCGACAAUGCCUCACUCGAGCAUAGCACCGGCUCCAACUCCGUCGUGUACAAUGGGGUUGGGGACAGCAACGGUGGCGCCGUCGGCGGCGGCUACAUGAUGCCGAUGAGCGCUGCCACGGCGACCACGACGGCAAUGGUGAGUCACGAGCAGGUGCAUGCGCGGUCACAUCAAGGGGAGCACGACGAAGCCACCAAGCAGGCGGCGCAGAUGGGGUACGAGAGCUACCUGGUGAACGCGGAGGCGGCCUACGGUGGCGGGAGGAUGCCUUCGUGGACGCCGGCCUCGGCCCCGGCAGCGGCAAGCAGCAACGACAACAUGGCCGGCGUUGGCCAUGGCGGCGCGCAGCUCUUCAGUGUCUGGAAUGAUACAUAAGCUGCGUGCGCCGGCCUGGCAUCGCGGUAAAACGUACGCUCACAUAAGUAACACUUAGGGUUCCUGAUGGAGGUGACCAUUGAGUUGUUCUUUGUCAUAUGCUUAAGUUCUUUGUAGCUGGAAGGAAAGCUAGGGUCUCUUCUGAAGGGAGGGUGAUGGUUUGUGAAGAGUGUCAUAGGGCUACCUCCAUGGCGAUACCUUCACUUGCUGACAUUUUGGGGUUCAGGUUCAGAAGAUGGAUACCAACUAGUAGUAUUAACCAAGUCAUUAGAUGGGUAGAAAAUGGAGCUAGCAAAGCCUGCUUGUAAAUUGGGCAAAAUGUGGUAGCUAGGGUGGAUGACCUGACAUGAGGUGAAGACUAAUGGCAUCUAAAUUGUCUAGUGUUUCCAUUCAAAUGAUCAAACUAAGCAGGGAAAUCAAGCAAGUUCUA